UCCCGUUCAGCCCAGGGAACCCUAAACCUGACCCCUGCCAGACAGAAGGGACUCGGCGUAUCGCAUCCCUCUUCAAGCCGGCGGUCACACCAGAAUCGAGCGCGUUGCCUUUGGACCGCCAGAUGGUCAUUUACAUCGGCAUCAACAAUUACCAACUUCGUUUGUUAGUUUGAGAGCAUUGCGUUUCAGUCAGUCUAUACUGCCUGUGUAGAUCGUGAGGUCAGAGCUUACAAAGGCAGUCUAAGUGUGUUUUAAGGUGACGGUAAAGGCACUGCAAGUGUUUCAGAAGUACGAAGGAGGAUACGAGACAUUGGACCUGAGCACUGUGCUUGUUGCAACAAGUGUCAAGUCAGGCUGAAAAAAAGAGAAAAAAGAACUAUCCACCUGAAGUGUUCUGAUAGAGUCAGGGUGCAGUGACAUAGACAGCGUGACAGAGAGAUAGACGAAAACAAAGAGAAAGACAGAGAGAGAAAGAGAGAUACACCCCCUGGAGAAUAGACGAAAGAGCCGGCCCCCGGCGUGAGUGUGUGUGUGUGUGAGAGAGAGAGAGGGAGAGAGGGGGAACGUUUAAAGCCGGCACAGGCAUGAUGUCCUACAUUAAGCAGCCUCAUUACGCCGUGAACGGGUUAACUCUGUCCGGGCCGGGCAUGGACCUUCUACACUCCGCCGUUGCAUACCCAAGUUAUUCAGACACUCCUCGGAAGCAGCGCAGGGAGAGGACCACCUUCACCCGUGCGCAGCUCGACAUCCUGGAGGCGCUGUUUUCGAAGACACGCUACCCUGACAUCUUCAUGCGAGAGGAAGUGGCGCUCAAAAUAAACUUGCCGGAAUCCCGAGUCCAGGUGUGGUUCAAGAACCGGCGGGCCAAGUGCCGUCAGCAGCAGCAGCAGAGCAGCGGCCAGUCCAAGCCGAGGCCACCCAAGAAGAAGGCCUCUCCGGCCCGCGAUCAGAACGCAGAGGCCAACAACAGCCAACAGCCCUACAGCCCCGCGCCGCCUCCACCCGGCACCUCCAUCACGCCCAGCUCCAGCAGCACCAGCGCCACCGUGUCCAUCUGGAGCCCGGCCUCCAUCUCGCCGCUGCCCGACCCGCUGUCGGCCUCCAACACGCCCUGCAUGCAGCGCACCUCUGCCUACCCCAUGACUUACACCCAGGCCCCCGCCUACAGCCAGAGCUACGGGGCGUCCUCCUCCUACUUCACCGGCCUGGACUGCAGCUCCUACCUGUCCCCUAUGCACCCACAGCUGUCGGCCACCGGGGGCGCCCUAAGCCCCAUCACCGCCUCGUCCAUGGGCGGCCCGCUCAGCCAGUCCCCGGCCUCCCUCUCCUCCCAGGGCUACACCGCUGCCUCGCUAGGGUUCGGUGCCGUCGACUGCUUGGACUACAAGGACCAGGCGGCCUCGUGGAAACUCAACUUCAAUGCGGCUGAUUGCCUGGACUACAAAGACCAGAAUUCCUGGAAGUUCCAGGUGUUGUAGAAAGAGAGAGAGAGAGAGAGAGAGAGACAGGAAGAGAGAGAAUAGAGAGAAUGGAUAGAGGGAGAGAGAGAUGGAGGGGGGGUGUCGGAUAGAGGUGGAGGAGGGGGUGAGGAAGGCAAUAGAGGGCAAUAGAUUCAAGCUUUCAUGCAGAAAACAUUAAGAGAUCACUUUGGACCGUGCACAGAGGGCGCUGGCAUAUAUACUUGUGUUUUUUUAAUGGAUCAUGAUGAUGACCAUGUUUCAAUUUUUUUGGUCAUUGACUUUGAUCAGUUUUACAUAGGCUACUGUGUGCUUAUACUGUGUGAAAACUGAAAGAAAUUGGACUGUUAUUGUUGAAAAUCAGGAAAUAUAGGCUUUUGGAAAAAAUCUUAAUGAUAAUAAGUUUAAUUUAUUUAUAAGUGAGUUGCAAUAUUUUUGAUUGUGUGAAACCUGAAUCAUCAGCGUGCUCAACAGCCUGAUGAGUUUUUAAUCAAAAUAAUUGAAGCGCCAAUCACUGAAGAAAUGUGAAUAAAUGAAUGAUGGUACUUUGACUAAACCACCCAGGCAGUUCUAGGAGAGCCUGAUGACUUUGUGUCUGUGCUUGUUUGUAUUUGUAAAGCAUUAAGAUGAAAAUAGUUAAUAUAAGAAAUACUGUCACAGCUUUGAGUGACAUUCAGUGUUUUGCCUGAAAGUACUUUUCUUUCCUGCAUACAGUUAUGCAUAGGCAGGCAUUGUGACAAUGAUAUGUAUUAGGGUUUGAGAACACACACAUUAAAAUGACCAUGAUGUGUAUUUAUAUGUGUUAUUAUUCUGUAUGGUGAGUCAGACUACUCCCCCUUGAGGUAGUCUUCUGAUAUCGUUCUUCACCUUAAUAUUCUACACGUGGAGUCAUUUUCUUUUUCUUUGUCUCGUUUAAUUUUUUUCUUUUAACGUUUGCAACCAAGCUGCUUAUCAUAUUCGUGAACUAAAGUGUUCCGAGCCAAACGGAAAAAAAUUCCAAAAAAAACUAAAACAAAAAAACAAACAAAAACAAAGACACUUGGAGCUUUGCCCUGAUAGGUGCUGUAAAACAUGAACGCAUGAUGUCUUCUUUGAACAGGUUGGCAGAGAGUUGAAGAGCACGCAUGUCCGCAGACAGAAGGUUGUCCAGGGAUACUGUUUCCUUGACGCGGUGAAGUGUAGGGUUCAGAUUCGGGUUUAAAAUGCACACCUCUUGCCUUCUCUGUGGCCGAUGGCGAGAGCCAUGCAUUGUGGGACAUGUGAAGAGAGUGCCCAUAUCUCAGUCUCUGUUUCUUGUAUAUUUUGUUGGACGGAUUUUUACUAUAUCAGCAACAACUCAAUUGCCCUUUAAUGACUUAACAACCCUUUUGCCGAAAAUACAGUAAUGAUAAAGAGAAAGGACUGAGAGAGAGAGAGAGAGGGAGGGAUAGACAGAAAGAGAGAGAAAGAGGGGGAUAGAGAGAGAGAGGGAGGAUACAGUGAAAGAAAGGGAAUGAGAGGAUAUGAAGGUUUGCUUUGCCCUUGCACAGACAGCAUCAACUUUCUUGCAGUGGUUAAAGACAGGAGGGGUAACAUUGUGUAUUGAUGUAUUGUAAAUUUUUUUUGUAUUAGACUGUAAAAAAUUCUGUUUUCUUUGCAAUUGUGAGUUCUUUGAAGUAAAAUUGUUGUUAAUUUGUUUGAAUUGAUAUCAUUAUCAUUAUCGCUAUUAUUACCGGUGUUGUGACGUCCACAGCUGUCAUGAAUAUCGCAAUUAUUCUGAGUUGUGUUUUCUCUAUAUCUUUUGUAAAUAUUAAAAACUUUACUUGAAAAGAAAUGCAAUCAUGUUUGGUACCAGCACUGUGUCAUCCAGUCACAGCACACUCUCUUUCACUCCCUUCAUUUCUAGAAGACUGCCAACUUUUUAUUUUUGUCUCUUUAUUGUCUUUCUUUCUUUCUAUCUUCUUUUGUUUGUUUGUUUUUCUUUGCUCUGAUCAUUUAUCUUUUUUUCAAACUCAGGGUUUUUAAUUGGUUAAGGCAGCAGCUUCUAGGCUGCGUGUGCUCUGCCGUGUGGCUGUUCAUGAUGUAACUAACUCAUCAAAGACGAAUCACUGCUUUUUUUUUCUGAUACGAAUGACUCCCCCACUUUUUGUAUAUUUUGAAUGUUUCCCCCGCGUGUUUGCUUUGACUCCUCCAGAUGAUAGACUUGGAUAGUGGUUAUGUUUUGAGACAUUUAAUUACUGACAAUAAAAGAAAAUGCAAGCUA